UUGCAACUCAAAUAACUCAACCCUUCAACUUCCAUAGCCAAAAAAGAAAAACUCUUCCAAGUUCUCAACUCAAAGUCUUAGUUAAUAUUACAAAGACCAAAACAAUGGCCUCCGUUGAGAUGAAGAAGAUAACCCUGAAGAGCGACGACGGUGAGAUCUUCGAGGUGGAGGAGGCUGUGGCCAUGCAGUCGCAGACCAUCAAGCACAUGAUGGAGGACGAUUGUGCUGAUGGCGCAAUACCUCUGCCGAACGUGACCAGCUACAUCCUAGCGAAGGUGAUCGAGUACUGCAGGAAGCACAGUGAAGAGGCCACUGAUGGCGAGGACAAAGAGGACAUUCUGAAGAACUUCACCGAUGGCGAGAACAAAGAGGACAUUCUGAAGAAGGCCACCAAUGGCGACAACAAAAAGGACAUUCCGAAUGACUGGGACGCUGAGUUCGCGAAGCUGGACCAGGGCACUUUGUUUCACCUAAUGAUGACUGCAAAUUAUCUCGACAUCAAGGGCCUGCUGGAUUUGACUGCCGAAACUGCGGCGGGCAUGAUCAAGGGAAAGAAACCUGAAGAGAUCCGUGAGACCUUCAACAUCAAGAAUGACUUCACACCUGAGGAAGAAAAGAAGAUUCGUCAGGAGAACCAGUGGGCAUUCGAGUGAGAGAGUUAGAGAUCCCCUUACAUACAUGUUAUUAUUACAUAAUUUGACAUUUUGUCUAUUAUUUUUCUUCUAGUUAUAAUUUUUUAAACUGUUCUUUUUUAAAUAAAUUUGUUUGUUAGGUGAUUGCUUAGAUGUAACCAAUAUUUCUGCAAAAACCUCUUUUGUCAAAUAUUUCUAUCUAAUGAUACAAGAGUUAUGUCUCCCUGUUUUGUGUGUAUGGAUGAAGCUUUUUGUUCUCAGACAAAUUCUUAACAAAUUACACCUCUUGGAAAUUAACUAAACUGACUCACAGACCAAACGGCUAAAGUUAUCAUGAUUGCUCCUCUAAUUUUUUUCUAUUGGCAAGAAAAGCAUAAUCACCAAGAUUGACAUCCAACCAAAAGAUCACAGGCAAUAAGAUUUAUUUAUUUAUUUUUCCAUUGGCAA